AUGGACAAAAUGGAAAAGCAGCCUCUAGCCGCGGCAGGGGUAUCCUUCCCUGCUGGUCUUGACGACUUCCGCGCUGCCAGGGAUCGGUGCGCCCAAGCCUGUAGACGCUUCAAUAGCAUGCCUGAAGAUGCCACACCAGACGUCCGAACUAGUCUCUUUCUUGACAUCAUCCGGCCGGCUCGGAACAGAAAAGAAGAUGGAGCUAUCACUCAUGACAUGACCUUCCGCGACCCAACCCUCAAAGCUCUCACUCCCUUUGUCAAGCCUCCCUUUUUCGUCGACUAUGGAUUGCGGCUUCGGGUAGGAGGCUCGACCUUUAUCAACCGGGGCUGUUUCAUCAUGGACACACCUGUUGCCGACGUUACUAUUGGCGAGAACUGCAACAUUGGACCUCACUGUACGCUCGUGAGCGUCGGACAUCCGAUUCACCCUGAGGCUCGAGAGUCUCAGAGAAGCAGCAUUGGUAAACCCAUUACCAUCGGCGAUGGCGUGUGGAUCGGCGCCAAUGUCACCAUCCUAGGCGGCGUAACAAUUGGCGACGGAGCCGUUAUCGGCGCCGGCAGUGUAGUAACCAAAUCCGUACCGCCCCUCAACCUCGCCGUCGGCGUUCCUGCCCGCUUCCGCCCACUCGCCGAGAUCCCCCGGAAAGUUGACGCCGACUCAACCGUCGACUCCCUCAAGGAAGCUCUCGCCUGCGGCCGCUCUUUCCCACCACCAACCUCGCAACCUUCAUUCGCUGCCGGCGGCCAUCAACACCAGUUAACCCAAUCCCAAGCCGAAGAGCUCGACCGCCUUGCCAAACUCUGCGUUAACCCAACCCUCAUGCGCGCCGCCACCAACGAGUCGCACUAUCACUUCUCCUCUCACCAGUCCAUGCUUACCGAACUCCGCUAUACCGCCGGCGCGCAGCAACUGAAACUUCGAAAGACGGAAACCAUCAGCCCAAGCGAUAUGCCCCGCGUGGACACGACGCAGUUGGCGUGGCAGCAGUCACAACAGUGCAGUGGUGGCUCAAAGGAGACCGGUUCAGUGGGAGUGGGAGCUGGAUCAGGAACGGGAAGGAGAAGGGUGUCGAGGAUCGUGAGGGCCGAGUUGACGGCUAUUGCGACUGUCACGCUGGUCGCGCUGCUGUUGAUUGUUGGAAUCUUCUUCGCUGGCGUCUUGUUGGGGGCGAAGAGGAUCACCAUCGUGGUGGAUGCGGGGCCGGAGGAGUUGAGGAAGUUUGGAGUUGGGGGUGUGAACCUUGUGAGGGGUCUCUGA